AUGAGCUCGCCAGCGCAAGCCGGACCUUCGGUCCCGAAGGAGAAGAAGGGAUUUGGAAAGAUCUUGUCUCGUGCCAAGACCGUCUUCAAGAGAGGAGAUGGUUCCUCCAAGCGCAUGUCGACUCUGUCCACCGCCGGCCAACAGCCUCCCUCGCAGACCAUCACUCCCGGUCAGUCCACUGCCCCGGCUACCGAGCAGCCUGCCGCUGCUGCCACUACUACCAAGGAAACCAAUGAGGCUCCUAAGAGCAAGUACGAGGACCUCCCGGGUGUAGUCAGGAUUCCCCGGGCCGAACUCUUCGAGGAGCGCGCGAGGAAGUUGGGCGAGAGAUUCGGUCUCGAAAUCAAGCAGAGCGAGUGGAUCUCCACCGAGGGCACCGCUCUUCGUGUUGAGAAGCCCAUCCGCAUGCGCGUCCACCGAACCUGCCACAAGUGCAACGCCACCUUCGGUGCCGCCAAAGAGUGCCCCGGCUGCCAACACUCCCGUUGCACCAAAUGCGUCCGUCAUCCGCCCAAGCGGACCGAGGCCGAGCGCAUCGCCAGCCGGGAGAAGCGGGCCGCCAUCCUCAAGGCCCAGAAGGAGAACCCUCCCAUUGUCCCCGACUACUCGUACGACCUCAAGGACACUAAGGACAUCGUCCUCAAGCGUCCCAGUAAGACUGGAGGACAGGAUCUCAUCUACAAGAAGCCCCGUCAGAGGAUAAGGAGAACAUGCCACGAGUGCCAGACGCUCUUCACUGCCGGCAGCAAAACCUGCUCCAAGUGCAACCACAACCGCUGCACCGACUGUCCCAGAGACCCGCCCAAGAAGGACAAGUAUCCUUUUGGCUACCCUGGCGAUGAGUUUGGACCGAAUGCUGUGCCGCAUCACGAAUGCCACAAGUGCAAGACGAUAUACCCUGGAGGCGCCGCUGACGGGACUGCAUGCAAGAAGUGUGAACACGAGAAGUGUGGCGACUGUCCUCGUUUGAAACCACGCAAAGUCGAGCCGGAACCCGACCCAGAGAUCCUCAAAAGCAUACAGGCCAAGAUCGAGAGUUUGAAACUCAAGUAA